UCUGCCUCCUGCAUUGAUUUGUUUGUUUUUGAGGCUGUUAUGAUUGGUACUGGCUUCCAUGCACGAUGAGUUGUUGGUGCAUAGAAAAGCCCCUGAUUUGUUGUUGAUUUUGUGUCUUCCUCCUUUGUGAGUUUCAGGUCUUGAAUGUGUAGGGGGGCAUCACUUGAAAACAGGAAAUUUGAUUUCUUUUUUGAUUUGUAUCUUUUUAUUUCUUCCUCUUGACUAAGCAGGAACUGUUUUCAAGGGUGAACUGGUUUUUGUGUGUGCGUGCAUGCGAGCGUGUGUGUGUGUGUGUAAAAUAAAAAAAAAGUCUUUGUAUAUUUUUAGUGUCUUUGCCUCCUGAGGUGUUGCAGGCACAGGAAGAGUGACAUUUUUACUUCCAAAUCAAAGAAGCCUGGUACAUCUGUGUGUUGGGUGGGAGAGAAAAGGGCUGGCAAUUCUUGCAUUGGUGAAUAGUGUCAGGGCAGGCGUGCAUUGGCAGAAACGGGGCUCUUCCGGCUGAAAUAUUUUCUUGCUUUCUCAGAUGCAGCCAGGUUUUUUUCCCCUUCCUUCUUCACCUCCCAGAAUGAUUCGUGCUUGAGAAUACAGACCUGAAUGGUUUACUUAAGUUCACUCCCCUUUCUGAAAUCAGGAAGUCCAAAGGUGAGUGACAGAAGCACCUGGUGCUCUCUCCUUCGCAUAGGUUUAAGAGGAGGCUGGAUGCGCUCUUUGGAUGUCUGGUGAACAUCAGCAAAUACAUACUGGAAGGUAAGAAGGGAAGGACUUUAGUGUUAAUAUUUAUCCACACAGAACCAAACUAGCCUUCAGUCCACAGACUCACAGAGUUGGAGAAUGCUCCCCUGAGCAGCCAAGAAGCUAAAAAAGCGAGUCCUCCGACCUCCUCUGCUGGGCAAGGCUGGACGGUCCCCCGCUGCAAAGAUGAUCUCAUGUAGGAAGCUCUGUUGGCGCUAUCAUGUGUGGACCCUGGGCUGCUACAUGCUGCUGGCCGUCAUUGCUCUGAAACUGUCACUCAGACUGAAGUGUGACUUUGAUGUCGUGGAUCUGAACUCGAAGGAAUUUCAAAGCCAGCACUGCAGGGACUUCCUGUACAAGACCCUGAAGCUGCCAGCAAAGAGGUCCAUCAACUGUUCCGGGGUCACUCGAGGGGAGCAGAAAGCAGUGAUCCAGGCUUUGCUGAAUAACCUGGAGAUUAAGAAGAAGCGGCAGCCCUUCACAGAGGCUGACUACCUUGGCAUGACAGCAGACUGUGAGCAAUUCAAGACCAAAAGGAAGUUCAUACAGUUCUCGCUGAGUAAAGAAGAGGCCGACUUCCCCAUUGCGUAUUCCAUGGUGGUUCAUGAGAAGAUCGAGAACUUUGAAAGGCUGCUGCGUGCUGUGUACGCCCCUCAAAACAUAUACUGUGUCCACGUGGAUCAGAAGUCCCCAGAAACUUUCAAGCAGGCGGUCAGGGCCAUUGUGUCAUGCUUCCCAAAUGUCUUUAUAGCUAGUAAGCUGGUGUCAGUGGUCUAUGCUUCCUGGUCCAGGGUACAGGCUGACCUGAACUGCAUGGAAGACUUAGUCCAGAGCUCCGUGCCAUGGAAAUACCUCCUGAACACCUGUGGGACAGACUUUCCCAUCAAGACCAAUGCUGAGAUGGUCCAGGCCCUCAAGCUAUUGAACGGGCAGAACAGUAUGGAGUCAGAGGUACCACCCCCACAUAAAAGGUUUCGCUGGGAAUAUCACUAUGAGGUGAAAGACACGUUGUACAAUACCGGCAAGAGAAAGACCCCUCCGCCUUAUAACAUAACCAUGUUUACUGGGAAUGCCUACAUGGUGGCUUCUCGAGACUUCAUUGAACAUGUAUUAAACAACACCAAAGCCCAACAACUAAUCGAAUGGGCAAAAGACACCUACAGUCCUGAUGAGCACCUUUGGGCCACCCUCCAGCGUGCCUCCUGGAUGCCUGGAUCAGCUCCCUUGCACCCCAAAUUUGACCUCUCAGACAUGAGAGCUAUUGCAAGGCUAACCAAGUGGCAGGACCACGAGGGAGACAUAGAGGAUGGGGCGCCUUACACACCUUGUUCAGGAGUCCACCAGCGGGCUGUCUGUAUUUAUGGGUCUGGGGACCUGCACUGGAUACUUCAGAACCAUCACCUCUUGGCCAACAAGUUUGACCCAAAGGUGGAUGAUAAUGUUCUUCAGUGUUUAGAGGAAUAUUUACGUCACAAAGCCAUCUAUGGGACAGAACUGUGAGACGGACUGCAAGACAAUUGCUGCCUGUAUGAUGGGAAAACGCCAGGACUUACUGGGGCAAGGUGGGGUAGGCACCUGGGGCCCUGGACUCCAUUGCCCGAUAGAGUGAGGGGGCUGCUAUUGGAGCCUGGGUAAGUAGAUCUCUGCCCGCUGUGAGCUGCUGCUGGCGAAUGUGGCUCUUCACCAGCCACUUUCUCCCCAAGAGCCCCUCUUCGGCUUGCUUCCUCAGAACCAGAACCAGAACUACUGUUAUUUGGGAGAAUAAGGUAGGAACACAUGGCCAGGGACUCUAGAUUUUGGGUGGAGGUUUCCUGUGAGGCUCUCUCCUGAGACUCUGUUUGAAAUAUUCCUGGGGUUUGUCGUGGGAAGGGAACUUUAGUGGAAAGAGCCCUCUCCUUUUGUACUGUUAACUUAAAAUAAAUAGUAUCCAAACCAAAAAGUCCCAUCCCUACAGUGUUAUCUGUGAAUCCAGAAACAAUCUGAACAGAUAAAAUGGGUGAGGCUUUUCUCUUAUGUGGAGGACGGUCUCAAGCGGCCGGCAGGAAAGUCUCCACGGCAAGCCGCGUAGAUGGCAAACUGAAUCACAGAGCUAAUUCUCUCAUUAUAGAAAGCCUUCCUAAUUUUGUUUACAUUGGCACAUCCUGACUUUUCCGUAAGGGGAAGGACAGAGUGAUUUAACUUUCUCGACCACUAUUGUCUUAGGAGAAACGCAAGGUAGCGUCACGGCCAAGGCUAACCACCCUGUACCAGUGGCCUUUUCGCUGGAGUACAUUUUGGUGGGGGAGAGGCUGCCCUGUUAAUGAUUAGUCUGGGAAGUGAAAGUAAGCUCUGUCUUGCUAAACCAAGAUGCCUGAGUGUUUUGUGCUUAAACCUCGUGAAUCAAGUGAAUCAAAGCUGCUUUCUUUCAUGACGGGAGCAUCAGGCUCACUGUGUGCCACUCUGUCGGUCAUGCAUGUCCUUGUGGGGGACACAGGAACGUGUGUAAAUAUACAUGUAUAAAUGCUGAAGUAUGUAAAUUUACAGGCAUACACUCCCCUGUGCAACCUCUUCCUCUCUGAAGACCCAGCGUUAUUCUAGUCUGUAAUGACCAAGGGGCACUAAAAACGAUAGGCGGAACCUUUGACUGUGGUGUAGCUGACUUUCUGUGUCCCAGAAGAGGUAUUCAUGUACAAGUUAACUCGUGACAUUUGAAUGAGCCUCUCGUCAAUAUGUUACGAUGGUAACUUGUCUGUUCAUAACAAGUCUUGAUCCAGUUAAGGCUUUCUCUCCUCAGCCAGCGUUUACUGUAGCCCACAUCUCUUAACAGUUAGUGUGUGACUGGAAUUUCUUUCUUUUCUUCUUUUGGUUUUGAGGCAGGGUUUCUCCACACAGCCCUGGUGUCCCGGAACUAGCUCUGUAGUCUAGGUUGGCCUUGAGAUCCACCUGCCUCUGGCUCCCCAGUGCUGGAAGGGGUGCAUCACCAUGCUGGUGGAAUUUUCUAUUUCAAAGUGAGCAAUCAAUUUCCUUUAAAAAAAAAAAAAAAGAUUGACUUCCCUGGGUAAUGGGUAUUGUCACUACAAACUUAGCCAACACUGUAAUAUUGAGUCCUUUGCCUCUUGCUCCCAGCCUUACCUCAAAGGUGACUGGUGGGUGGUUACAGGCUUGGUGAAAUCUGUUGUCAGCAGUGACUAUUCCUGGCCCUUCCCGGAGGAGGAAGGAAGAGGGGCUGUGGCCCUGUGGGAUGUGUGGAGGAACACCUCGCAGAAGACACGUCUUCAUGGCCAAGCUUCUCUAAAAGCUUUCAUAUAACUGAACUGUAGCUUUUCAUAGAAAUUCAUUCAAGCUAUUGGUCUGUGGACUUGUCAUUUCUGGGGAAACAAGUUUCUAGAACUUUCCAGGAUUAAAAUUUUCUCUAGAAAAUGAAUGAGUUAGGUGGACGGAAGUAGGAUUUUUGUUUGUUUGUUUGAUGAGGUCAUCAAACUAGAAGAAGCAAACUUCACCUUGCCUAGUGGACUUUCAAGGUCACAUGGGAAAGCCAGCACGUCUGUUCAUUUUUCCUUUUUGAGUCUUAUCUGUUUCUUUAACCUUUCUCUGGAAAGAAAAAGCCUCGUGAAUGAAUUGAGCUAUUAUGCUUGUGCCAACUUCCAAGACUUACAUUCCCUCCCCACUCCAGUUGUUUGGUUAUCACUGAGCUAUAUUCUAAUAACUGGGUCUUUGUUGCAUGUGCUUGCUCAUUGCAUUUGCUCUUGGUUUAAUGAAACUUUACUGAGAGAAGAAAAAGCAGUUGCUAACUUUGGGGCAUAUAGUUUAGUUGGAGGUAAGCUGUUUAGGAAUGGAGAGACUAAUAUCUUGUCUAUUUAAAGUAUCGUCACUGAGUAAACCAAAGAUCUCUCGUUAUGUGUUCUACUUAGUCAUUAUUUAUUGCAAAGGUGAAUAAGUUAUGAGCCUCAUUUUUAUAAAUCUUGAUGUACUGACACCAAUAAAAUAAUUCAUUCCAAACAUAUGAACGGAGUUCUUUUUAUUUAUCACACAUUGUUAUUGAAUUUUUUAUUACAUUUAUUCAUUUGUGUGUGUAGGGACGGGUGGUGGGACACACACACAUGCCAUGGCUUCGGUGAGGUGGUUAGGAGACAAUUUGGGGGAGUAGGAUUGAACUCAGGUUACGAGGCUUUGUGGCAAGACCUGCUUAGCCAUCAUGCUGGCCCUCAUAUGGUUAAUGACACUGGGAAUACAGCAGUUAACAAAAUGUGAAAAUUCCCACACUCUCAUUAUUCAUUAUCAAAAGUGCUAGAGAAAAACGGAAGGAAGUGAUGGAGACCUAGGGAAAGUAGGGUGCAGUAGUGUGAGGCUGCUUAAUAUUUUACAAGGUAAUCAAGAAGGCCCCCAGUGAAAAUGGUACUUUCUGGAAGAGGUCUGAAGGAGACAAGGGAGUGAGUCAUGGGGAUUAAUGAAAGAAGAACAUUCUAGAUCAAGAGGAGAGUCUUGCAAGGCCUUGCAGCAGAAACACACUUGCUAAGUUUCAGAACAUCAAGGAAGCUAAUUUUCAUGGGAUGGAGAGGAAGAUGGUUUGGAUACCUUAUAAAGAAAAGGGAUUUAUUAGUUUAGCAAUUGAGCAGCCUCAUCAAUUUGGUCUCUGGGGAGGGUCUUACUGGCUGCAUCAGAUCGUGAUGGAUAGCAUCAUGGUGGGAACACAGAGGGAGAGAACAGAUGGUGAGACAGGAAGCCAGAGCGAGGGACACGGGCCAAUCUUGUUCUUUUAUAACAAGCCUUUUCUAGGCUUAACAGAGGCCUCAUAAAUGACAUCAAUUUCUCCUGAUGAGAGGGAGCCAGUGCUCCACCUCUCACAGCAUCUACUGCCCUUUAUAUCACCACACUGGGGACCAAUUUUGCAACAUGUGAACAAAUGAGUGACACACUCAAACCAUGGCAAGACCACAAAGGAGUAAACACAGAAGAAACCACCAGAGAUGUUUUGCUAGGCUGGAUAACCAGCAACCCCCAGGGAGCCUCCUGUCUCUGCUUCUCCAGUGCUCGGAUUAUAGGUUCAUACCACAAUAUCUGACCUUCCUUCCUUCCUUCCUUCCUUCCUUCCUUCCUUCCUUCCUUCCUUCCUUCCUUCCUUCCUUCCUUCCUUCUUUCCUUCCUUCCUUCCUUUUUAAUGUGUGUAUUGGAGAUCAAACUCAGGUUCUCUGUAGGAGCAGGACAUGCUCUUAACCACUGAGCAACCUCUUCAGCCCAAAAGAAUAGUUUUAAAGGCAGUUUCUCCUAAACUUAAAUUUCAGGAACAUCACAGACUUAGAAGUUGGACAAUAAUCAGUAGAGUGUACAGUGAUCCAGAGAGCUAAGCCCAUUGGAUUCUUUCCAUCUUUUCAAAAGCUCUUGCACCUUUUCAAAAGUAAAGCACCUUGCUUACCCCCAAUCCCAGGCAGAUUUUAUUCACCUAUGUACUCAGAAAAAUAAAACUUUUUUUUAUUACAUCUUGCAAAAAAUAGGCACAUGAGGUGUUGUGUGUGUGUGUGUGUGUGUGUGUGUGUUUUUUACCAAAGUAGAGGGCAUUUUUAGAAUGGAUUAACAAAAUCAACUUAUGCUGGAGCCCCCUGGAAUAAAACAGUAGCAGAUAGCAAGCAGUUAUGUAGAAUAACCUUAUACAUGUUGUGAUAGUAAUAUAAUGUGGUCAGAGAGAAAGCAAGCCCUAAGCACUUUAGGCUAAAUGCUGUAGAUUGCACUUACUGGUGUGCAUAUAGCUCAGGUGGUAGAGCACCCCACUAGAAUGCAUGAAAUCCUGUGUUAGAUCCCCAGGAUUACAUAAACCAGGUGUAGUGCUGCACACCUGCCACUUGGGAAGUGAAGGGAGAAGGUUCAGAUCAGGGUCAUUCUCUGCUAGUUUCAGGCCUAGUUUCAGGCCAGCCUGGACUACAAGAGACUGUAAGAAAAAAAGUGCUGAAAGAGUUUAAUGAGUAUUGUGAAUUCCAUGUACUUAUUACUAUUUCAACAACUAUCAAUUAAUGGUCAGUUUUAAUAUCCACUCCUCCUCCUUUAUGCUUUCUGAAAUGGUAGAUGCUAUACCUUAAAAAAAUUAGUAGUAAGAGCAUAUGGUAAUCUAGUGGUGAUGACAGAAGUUACGAAAUAAUCCCAUACUAGUUCAGAAUUAUAUAUAACUGACAGGCCAUUUUCAGAGGCAGGAAAAAUUUUCAGAACCAUCUUACCCUGUCUUGGCAAGAUUUGGCAGUCCUUUUCUUGUAUCCUGCUUGUCCAGUCUGGACAUCAGGCACUUUGUCAGUGGUCGAGGCAUGGGCAGUUCCUUGCCCAAAGACCAGUUGUGCCAAGAAGAAAUAAAACUCCAAGUGGAGUGUCUUUGGUGCUCAACACUCUCUUGGGAAUAGAUUGGUGAUGCCAGGAGCAGACAUAUCUCACAUCAACAGAAUCCUGAGUUAUUUAAAUGCCAUGUUCUACAGACCUUUGAAGUGGUUAAAGGUUACCUAUCUAUGCAGAAUGAAAUCUCUAUGUAUCUAAAAAACCUAAUUAGUCUGAUUAAAAGUAUAACAAACAUGAAUGACUAUUGACCUAUAAUACUUAAUACCUAUAUAACUUAAAGAUUAAGGCUGCAUAUCAUAAUAUUAAACAAUCUUUAAACAACUGUGCAGUAAAGGAGGACAAUGACCUCACAAUGUAUAAAUAUCUUGAUCAGAAGUAGAAAUAUAUAAUGCAAUAUGAUAAAUAUAUCCUAAAAUUGUAUCAAUAUACAAAAUGUCUUAAACAGAGAUAGAAACAUGCAUGCAUAAAAUCUGACAAAAUAACUUUGCUUAUGUGUACAAAUAUUGUAAAUAGAAAUAGGAGCAUAUUCAAUACAAUAACAAAUAUAAUUUGAACUUGUAUCAAUAUACAAAAAUCUAUACCAAUGUAAAUUGUCCAUAAAUAAUAGUUUACAUGUAUUCAUUCUAUUAUUAUUAAUGUAAGUUCACCCUAAUCUACCUCUUAUCCCAGUUUUCUUCUUUUUUUAUUUCUCUGGGCCUAUAUAAUUUCUACCUCAAUCCCCAAUCCUAUACGAGUAAUAAUCAACCCCUAAAUGGUGUCCCUAACCAUGAGGACAAAUUUUGUUGGGAGAGGGGACAUCGUCUUCUAGAAUUGCUUCCAGUUGACAUGGGGGUAAUGUUCUUUCUAUGGGAUCCUGUGAAAGUAAAAUGAUGGUUAAGUUUCAAGAUUGCUGUUUUGUAUAAUUGCAAAUGGUCUCUGAGUAGUCGAUAGGGUUUUUCUGAAGUUCUUUUUUUUUAAAUAUUUAUUUAUUUAUUAUGUAUACAAUAUUCUGUCUGUGUGUAUGUCUGCAGGCCAGAAGAGGGCACCAGAUCUCAUUACAGAUGGUUGUGAGCCACCAUGUGGUUGCCGGGAAUUGAACUCAGGACCUUUGGAAGAGCAGGCAAUGCUCUUAACCACUGAGCCAUCUCUCCAGCCUUUUCUGAAGUUCUUAUGUGAAGUUCUGACCAGAAUGUUGUAAAAAUGUACACCAUUUCUUUUUCUUUCUUUUUUUUUUCUUUCUUUCUUUCUUUUUUUUUUUUUUUUGGUUUUUCGAGACAGGGUUUCUCUGUAG